AUGUCUGUCCCAAAAACCCAAAAAGCUGUUAUCUUCGAGACCAACGGUGGUCCUUUGCAGUACAAGGACAUCCCAGUCCCAACCCCCAAGCCAACUGAGUUGUUGAUCAACGUUAAAUACUCCGGUGUCUGCCACACCGACUUGCACGCCUGGCAGGGUGACUGGCCAUUGCCAACGAAGUUGCCAUUGGUAGGUGGCCACGAGGGCGCUGGUGUCGUCGUUGCAAUGGGUGACAACGUCAAGGGAUGGGAGAUUGGUGACUACGCCGGUAUCAAGUGGUUGAACUCUUCUUGUAACUCUUGUGAGUUCUGUCAGACUACUAACGAGUCCAACUGUGCUUCUGCUGACUUGUCUGGUUACACCCAUGAUGGUUCUUUCCAGCAGUAUGCUACCGCCGAUGCCAUCCACGCUGCCCAUAUCCCCAAGGGCACCGACUUGGCUACCGCUGCUCCAAUUUUGUGUGCUGGUAUCACUGUCUACAAGGCUUUGAAGACCGCCAACUUGAGGGCUGGCCAGUGGGUCGCCAUUUCCGGUGCCGCAGGCGGCUUGGGUUCGUUGGCUAUUCAGUACGCUAAGGCCAUGGGUUACAGAGUCUUGGGUAUCGAUGGUGGUGAAGGAAAGGAGGACUUUGCCAAGGGCUUGGGUGCCGAAGCUUUUGUGGACUUCACCAAGGUCAAGGAUGUUCCUGCUGAGGUUGUGAAGAUCACCAACGGUGGUCCUCACGGUGUGAUCAACGUCUCGGUCUCUGAAGCCGCUAUGCAGCAGUCUGUCGAGUACGUCAGAUCCACAGGUACCGUUGUGCUUGUUGGUUUGCCAGCUGGUGCCAAGGUGGCUGCCUCUGUUUUCGACUCGGUUGUCAAGUCCGUCAGCAUCAAGGGCUCUUACGUGGGUAACAGAGCUGACUCCGCUGAGGCCAUUGAUUUCUUCUCCAGAGGUUUGAUCAAGUGCCCCAUCAAGGUGGUUGGCUUGUCCGAGUUGGCAAGCAUCUACGAGUUGAUGAAGGCUGGUAAGAUCUUGGGUAGGUACGUCGUUGACACCUCCAAGUAA